AAGUGGCGGGAUACAAAUUUCCCGCGGAUUGCACCGCGGUAGGCCCGAAAAAGGAGCGGACCGGAAGUGCUGGUUGUCAUAGCUACCGGUGUGGCCGGCCUCUUCCCCAUCUUAUCCUAUUCUCAAUACUCUUGCUCUACUUUUCCAAGCCAAGAAGCAUAAGACGAGGAAGUGCUUAUGCACAGGGCUCACACAAAUACAAACAGAAAUGACAACGACUGCGUUGUCCAAUGGAUUUGGGAGAGGACCAGACCGGAAAUGGCAGUUUCCAUGGUAACUCCUGAACGGGUUGCCUCGGAGAUGACCCUUUUCUGUCUCUGAGCCUCCGCUGUAGCGUCACCUCGAAGACAGAUCUUGCAGAUUCUGAAUUGUCUCCUGCCAUGAUUCCUGGGAAAUACCGCUCUGUUUCUGGCCGGGCUGCGAACAACGUGAACUGUGGACUUCAUCUGGUGAUUCAGACAUCUUCACUUCCUGAAAAAAACAAGGUUGAAUUAAGGCUAAAUAAAGAAACUUCAUCAUUUCCUGGUCGACUCCUGCAACAUGACCUUGAAAGAAACUACUCAAGUAGGCAAGGUGAUCAUAUUAAUUUGGUGAGCUCAUCCAUGCCAUCAUUUCCCAUUCUCCAACGUUCUUCUGAAGAGAAAAUUCUUUACUCAGACAGGUUGACCCUAGAAAGGCAAAAGCUGACAGUAUGUCCUAUUAUCGAUGGGGAAGAGCACCUUCGUUUGUUGAACUUUCAGCACAAUUUUAUAACUCGGAUCCAAAAUAUUUCUAACCUGCAGAGGCUAAUAUUCUUGGAUUUAUAUGAUAACCAAAUUGAAGAAAUCAGUGGGCUUUCUACUCUGAGAUCCCUCCGUGUCCUUCUUUUGGGGAAGAACAGAAUUAGAAAAAUCUCAAAUCUGGAGAGUUUGAAAAACUUAGAUGUCUUGGAUCUUCAUGGAAAUCAGAUCACCAAAAUUGAAAAUGUCAAUCAUCUGUGUGAUUUGAGAGUUUUAAACCUUGCCAGAAACCUUUUAAGUCAUGUUGAUAAUCUUAAUGGACUGGAUUCGUUGACUGAACUUAAUCUGAGACAUAAUCAGAUCACUUUUGUGAGAGAUGUGGAUAAUUUGCCCAGCCUUCAACGUUUGUUUCUCAGCUUUAACAAUAUAUGUAGUUUUGAUAGUGUUGCCUGCCUUGCUGACUCCACUUCCCUCUCAGACAUCACUUUUGAUGGCAAUCCAAUAGCUCAAGAGUCAUGGUACAAACACACUAUCCUUCAGAAUAUGAUGCAGCUGCGACAGCUAGAUAUGAAGAGAAUCACGGAAGAAGAAAGACGUAUGGCAUCUGUUGUAGCCAAAAAAGAGGAAGAAAGGAAGCGAGAAAAUCAGAAACAAUCGUUGCUGAAGGAGAAGAAACGAUUAACAAUUAACAACAUAGCUCGAAAAUGGGAUUUGCAACAAAAUCGAGUAGCUAAUGUUGCUACAAAUCAAGAUAGAAAAGAUUCUGACUCCCCUUCUCAGGACUCCGUUCAGAUCGAUGGAAGCACCAUUUCUGCAUUUCCAGAGGAGACAGGGUCUGUGGACUCAGGGCUCCUUAGCGCUUUACAAGGUUUAUCUGUCACAGACACACACCUUGUGGAGGUUGAUGGAGAUACCCUCUCCCUGUAUGGAUCAGGAGCACUGGAAUGUCUGGAUCGGAACUGGAGCGCUCAGACAGCGGGAAUGAUCACAACCGUCUCCUUCACUUUUAUAGAAUUUGAUGAAAUUGUCCAAGUGCUUCCCAAAUUGAAGAUGAAGUUUCCUAAUUCUCUGCACCUUAAAUUCAAGGAAACUAAUCUUGUCAUGCUGCAGCAAUUUAAUGCAUUAGCACAGCUCCGUCGUGUUGACCAGUUGACAAUCGAUCCUCAAGGAAAUCCAGUUGUCAAUUUUAUGCUCUGGAAAUACUAUGUACUAUUUCGGCUGAGCCAUUUUAGCAUGCAGAAAAUAAAUGGAACAGAGGUGACACAGAACGAUAUGAUAAUGGCUGAAAGGCUUUUUGGAAUCCUAGCACACGUGGCAUCUUCUGAGUUACCCCAGUACCGUAUGAUUUCAAUUCUGGGUGAUGCCAGGAAGAAGCAAAUUCGGUAUCUUUUAGAAACCAAAGGGAAAAAACCAGGCAUUAUCAUUGAAGAAAAUAAUGAUAGUAAAAGACUUGUGGGAGAAAACACAAAUCGUGCUACAUUGAAUUAUACCACAAGAGACUUUUAUAAUGAAAAACUGGAGGAAAUAAAGGAAAAAAAGAAAUUCUGCCAGAUGUAUGUAGAUGAACUGGUGAAGGAAGCCACAGAAAUCAACAUGAAGAACGAGGCUUUGCAAAGGCUCUGGCCACAGAUGUUUAUCGAGCUUGUUCGGGACGCAGUCAUAGAAAUCCGCAAUAAGAAUUCCUACAUGAAGCUCUGUCUGCAGCAGAUAACCGACCAAAAAUAGAAAUGGCUUCUA